AUGUGGAUCAUUAACUGGUUCUACGAUGUCCUGGCUUCCCUUGGUCUCCUUAACAAGCAUGCCAAGCUUCUGUUUCUUGGCCUCGACAAUGCCGGCAAAACUACCCUUUUGCACAUGUUGAAGAAUGACCGUGUCGCGACCCUCCAGCCUACGGCGCACCCGACAUCGGAGGAACUUGCCAUCGGCAACAACCGAUUCACAACGUUUGAUUUGGGCGGUCACCAGCAGGCGCGCCGCCUGUGGAAAGACUACUUCCCCGAGGUCAGCGGGAUUGUCUUCCUCGUCGACGCCAAGGAUCACGAGCGCUUCCCCGAGUCCAAGGCUGAGCUCGACGCCCUCCUCGCCAUGGAGGAGCUGGCCAAGGUGCCCUUCCUCAUCCUCGGAAACAAGAUCGAUCACCCCGAUGCUGUUAGCGAGGACGAGCUGAGACAUCAGCUUGGUCUGUACCAGACCACGGGUAAGGGCAAGGUGCCGCUGGAGGGGAUCCGGCCCAUCGAGGUGUUUAUGUGCAGUGUUGUUAUGAGACAGGGAUACGGGGAAGGUAUCAGGUGGCUAUCCCAAUACGUCUAA